AUGGAUCUUGCCAGGCAGAAACGGAAGGAGGAUAUAAACAGAGAUCUGGCAUUUAUACAGUAAGAUGUCGUCUUCUUCUUUUUAUUCCUCUGUAGUCUGAUGGAAAGUGAAACUUGCUCACACUCUGAAUGACUCACAUCCUUCAUCACAUUGCUGUGACUCUGUACAUUUAAUAAUAACUAUGUUUAUGUGUUAUGUUCCAGGUCUACAUUGGCUUAUCCAGAGCCGGAUGGAUACCAGGUACUCUGUUAUUAAAAAAACAAACUGUUUUGUCUUGCCCUGAUGGUUUCAUGCAUAUUGUAAUGUAUCAACUUUUGUGGCUGAAUUGACUGGCUUCUCACUGGACUUUUUUUCCUGUCUCUUAAUUCAGCCCUAAAGUUGAUUUCUGUCACAGUAAUCUCAAUUGAGUGUGGCUAUUGCCUACACUAAAACAUCUCAACUGACUGGGUGUUUUUAUCAUGUUUGACAUGAUAUAAAGAGAUCACUUUAGGACCAUUUUGCACAGAGGAAUGUUUACAAUAACCAACAUUUCUCAACAUGAAUGCCAGAAUGAUUUAUUGUGUAAAGACAGACCAAGGAAAUCUGAAUUUUUUUAAAUUCAUUAGACAAAUAACAUAUUUUUCAUUUUGAGAGGAGUUGGAUGUUUGGAAGUAGACACACUGAUCUCAGGACAGGCAUAAAAACAUAAAAAUCCUUACUUAUUGUUCGAAUCUCCACAACCUCUGUAGAAGUUUAUCUAAUUUGAAAUGUGAAGAACUAAAAAAUCUUUCCCUGUUUCUAAUGAUCAUCUUGAAAUUACUGUACAAGUGUGUUCUCUGUUCAACCAUGCCCAGCAGAAAAACUCAUAAAAGUCUGAUGAAUAAAUCAGACUUGGACUUAUUUGAUUUAUUACCUCUGCCAAGGAGGUUAUGUUUUCGGUAGCGUUGGUUUGUUUGUCUGUGAACAACUUUACAGAGAAAGUUACAGAUGGAUUGACCUGAAAUUUUCACCAGAGGUGCGUCUCAGCCCCAGGAGAAUCCCAUUACAUUUUGGUGGUGUUCUGGAUCGCCUUCUGGAUCCAAUAAUUUUUUGAAGGUUCUUUAUCAUUGUGAGAUACGGCAAAUUUGGGAAUUUUUGCAUUUAACUCUAUAAAAAUGGCCAGAGUCUUUAGUAAAAAAAUUACACUAAAGGAUCUCAAUGAAUUUUAUGAGGUGUCAAAGGUUGAUCCUGAUCCAGACAAAGUUCCGGAUACUGUGAUCCAGAACACACAAAAAUAAGGGUGUCGUUGGAAUUUUCAAUGCUGAAAGAUAACCAAUGAAGAUACAAGGAAGUGUACGCUUACAAAUAUUGCAUAAUAAAUCAUGCAUUUAUGUAUCUAAUAUGAGCUUUGUUGUUUUAGGAACAUUAUGAACAGUGAACAUACCAGUUUAAACACAAAUAAAAGUUAAUAAAAGACACGUAACAGUAAAAGUUUUGGUGUAAAUCACAGUAUAAUGGGGAACAUGAGCUGCUUGGCGGAGGUCUGCGCUCUCUGAGUGCUUUUCUAGUUUUAUAAAUGUAUUCUUAUGAGUUUAUAUUUUACCAUUUUUGAGGUGUAUUUUGUGGAUUGGUUAAACCGAAAUGCAGUUUUAUAAACCUGUUUUAUAACUCGCAAGAGCUGUGAUCAACAUUGUAUUUGAUGGCUGUUGAAAUCCUGCUAAAACAGGUCAUAAAUGAUCUAGAAUCACCAUCCUGGGAAAACUGGGGUUUUUUAGUUAUUAUCAAGUUCAGAGUUUUUGAAAAAACCACGUCAUUUUAUUUCCUCUCUUCAGGACUUCCUGACCCAGUUGGUGUUCAACCUCCUGGAGGAGGGAAACGCCUUAUUCAGAGACAGAAACUGGGAGCAGGCGGUGAAAAUGUUCACUGAAGGUUUGAAUGUUGCAGACUACGCUGUCACAGAGGAGCUCCACAUCCCUCAGGUGUUACUGGAGAGUCUGUAUGUCAACAGAGCUGCUGUCUACCACAGUAUGGUGAGUUACACAGGUCCACUGCGGCUCAGGCAGGCACUUUAAAAGAUGGAGACAGCCAACUGAUAAAUGCUUUUCCACACCCAAACCUGAUCUGUGUAUGACUCAGUCAGCUUUGGCAGAUUGUAAAAGGUCAAAGUUGUUUUUCAACCACCUCUAAUAUUAGAUUAACGAUAUUCAUUACCAAGAGAAAACCAGUUUUGAUUUAUACGUUUCAGGCUGCUUUCUGAUAAUGAUUACAAAUAUCUCAGUAUGAGGCGCUUCUCUAACAGCAGAUGUUGACUGGUUUCACUUUCUUUUAUGGCUGAUGAUGUGAAGUUCCUAUGAGGAAUUUUUUGACUUCUAUAAAAUUAAUUGUAAUGGCUCUUUAUGAUAUCCAAAAGCAAACAAGGCCAUUGGUGACAGAACUGCUGGUUCUUGUAUCCAAAUUUUAAUGGCUGAAACCGUUGUGAAUGGGUAGGUGACAGUGAUGUGUCUCAGUUCUCUAGGUGAUGUAUGCUGAAGCUGCCCCUCAGGGGGUCCUGACCUCUGUCGGGCUCUACAAUAGACACUAUUAGCUUUGUUCUAAUUGGCUUGGCUGAGUUUAAGUGUAGAGCCAUCGAUGAAGAAACAGCAGUCAGGUUCAAAUCAUGAGAUGAGGCUGUCCAAGUUGCAUCCAAGAUACUUUAUUCAGCAUGCAAAUGAACGAAGUCGGUGAGAAUGAACUCUGCAGAAUCCAGACUGAGGUAACAAAGAUAUAUAGCACUUCACAGUAGGCAUUUACUUCUUAUAGUACCAACCCUUUUUUCUCUAUAUAAGUUCUAAUAGCUUUGUUUCUAAUAGUGUCUGGGCAAGGCUGAUGAGGUGAAGCCCCUCCCUGAUGAGCUCAGCCAACAGGUUGUUUUUUUUCUAAUGGUGUCUUUAAAACCCUAUUAAAUAUAAACAAUAUGAGGCCCUUUGAUAAGGCCUCAGGGUGCUUUCCAUACAUACCUUAUCAUCAGCAGGGAUGCAAAUGUCAAGAUAUUCUUCUGUGGCUUAUGUGACUGGGUCACACAAACUAUGAUCAUUAAAAUGCCAUUAUCAGGUCCCUGUGACCAUCAAGACUGAUGGUGUGUGGUCACAUGCACAUUUCCUGUAAACAUACAUUGAACAGGCUUCAGUCAUACAGAUGCUCCCCGUGGGCAUACAUCGAUCUUAUCCUAAUAAGGAGGUCAUACUCGGAAUAGUAUCCAGCAAGAAUGCCCCAUAAGUUCACAUGUUCAGGAGGGUGACCCUAGGCCUUAUAACAACAUAUUACAUGAAUUUAGAAUAGCUAGGCACAGGUUGUCCAAGAGAAGAUACAGAACUUCAUCAAAAAAUGACUCCACACCAGCCAAGCAGCCAAACCCACAUAACCCUGUUUUUACAAUUUUAUUAUAAAAUAUUCAAAAGAAAUGACACAUUUGACUGUCAAAAGUCUCUACUCAAGCAUGUUAAGGACAAAGGAAGUAAAAACUGCUUUGUCCACAGAAAGUAUUUACAGGAAUCAAGUCGACCAGUUUCUGAUGAAAUGUCCCAUCGUCGCCUGAUGUAGGAUUUCUGUUGCUGAACACUUCAGAGUCUCUCUUGUUGUAUUUUAUUUUCCAUGAUGCAGCAAAUGUUUUCAUUGGGUGAUUAGUGUGGACUGCAGGCAGACUGGUUUAGCACCCAGACCCUAUUACUACAGAGCCAUGCUGUUGUAAUAUGUGCCGAAUAAUUCAUGGCACUGUCUUUGUGAAAUAUGAAGGUCUGCCCUGAAAAAAAAUGGCAGCAUGUGUUUUCUCAAAACCUGUUCUUUGUAGUUCAGCAUUUAUGGUACCUUCUCAGAUAACUAUGGGAUGGCCUUUUUUUUAUACCCAGUCAUAUUUAUAACCUGUUGAAAAUGUAUCUCAAUAAACUGAGAGAUGUUACUUCAGGUGUUUAUUUUGAGAAAACAUUUUCAGAGAUUUUCCCCGUGUUUUUGAAACAUGCUGCCAGUAUCAACUUUGAAAUGACGGUACAUAAAAACAAACAAAAAAUUUAAAUUUUUACAUUUCAUUUGAUGUCUGUGUGGUAUCUUCAAUAAAUUUAGGCUUAAAUGAUUUUUAAAAAUCUAAAUCUGUUUUUUGUCAACAUUUUACACAGUUUCACCACCUGAAAAAAGUUUUCUCAAGUUAUUAUGAAGGACAUCAUGACCUGCAGUGCCUUUAAAAGUGUCAUGAUCCAGAGUCUGAAUGAAACUUUGUCUAAACUUGAAGAGUUGUGUUACAUUCCAGUGAGUCUCACCACCAACACACUGUUUCGCUCUCACAGAGUCUGGCCUUCAUCAGUACGAUAAGAACCUUUGGGAGUUCAGGUUCAAGGAGAGGCUGACGUGUGUCUGUGGGACUCAGUGUAAGACCUUCAGUGGCGGGUAGAGGGGAAACAGAGUAACGACUAUAGGAUAAUAAGUCAUAACAGAGAGCUACAGAGACUAUUUUACUGAGAAACACUUUUAUUAUUUAAGGACUUCUGUCAAAAUAAGAACCAUGAUUGGUUAUCUGCUCUAAUCCUUUCUUUACAAACUGCUGUUUACCUCUCUGAUUCUCUUAUCCGUCAAUCACGGGGUACAACUUAUUUAACUUACAAAACUAGUUGUACAGUACAGAAAACUCGAGCCUUUAAACUAUGACGUAAACUAUUUAUCUGAAAAAGACAAAAAAAAUUAAAAACAUAAAGCUCAUAGAAGACCACAUGUCAAAAACACAAUUUUAGUCCUCUGUGAAAUUAUAUAUAAGUACAGACACCAGCAGCUCUAUAGAUCGCCUCGACUUUUUGCGCAGAUAUUCACAGUCCCCUGAGGAUGAAUCUUUGACUUUAUUCAAAAAAAGCCUUGCGUGGCUUUUGUUCAAAUGAGACUAAAAGAUACCGCCCACUUCACACUAAUAAACAGUUCCCACAAAGUGUAUAAAAAAUGUUUGUAGAUUCAUGGUCCCAGGAGGAUAAAUCUUCAUGAUUAUUUUUUCAAACCCUUAUUAUUGCGUGGUAAAACUGGAGGUUGAAACUCUUCUGUUCAUGGUAUUGCAUUGACUGAAUUGCCUUGAACUCUGUAGAUACUCAUGGCUCCAAGAGGAUGAACCAUACUUGCUUUUAUGAUCGCUGAUUUCUCGCUGGCCCCGCCUUGAUGAUGAUAUUUAUGUUAGAAUUAAAAAUAAGAUGUCCAAAUAGCUUCAGGAUUGUAUAACGCUGACAAAAUGUUGGUAUGCAGACACUCAAGUUGAUUUGAUUGAUUUUAAAACAACAUUAAAUUUAUUAACUUGGGAAUAAUUGUUAGUCUCGUCUGGUUUUUGUCCCAGCGAGAAUGUUAAGGGUUAACGUUGCCGUCCAAAGGUCUGUGACAUGCAGUCGUCCUUAACUGUCUGGCCAAGCUAAAUGUUGACUGACAGUCAACACAGAGUCGUCCUUGCUAACUCAUGGUAUUUAGAAAAUAACACAGUAAUUCAUAUUCUUUGCUACUUAAUUAAAAAUGUAAAACUCAAGUUAAAAGACAGAAACUGUCCAGGAAACAAAGUUCAUGAACUAUAUUUCUAUUUUUGUACACACACACACACGAAAAGGUUUCUCCCUGGCUUACCUCAUAUCUGAAUAGAGAUGUUUCUCUUAAAAACAACAACAGACUUGAUUUAUUACCUGUAAGGAAUGUGACCCUUUGUAAAUUACUCUGAUGUAUUUAUUAUCAGCACCAGACCACACAGCUUAAACCCACAUACCAGAGAGCGGUGAAGUUGUAAACAUUGUACCAGAUUCAGUUUGAUGUCCCUUUUCUAAGCUGUUGAAACCAUGCCUUUAGUUCUAUCUCUGUUUUUCCACAGGGGGAAUAUGAUCGUGGCGUGGUAGACUGUGACAACGCUCUGGAUGUGUGUAAAGAAAGCCACAAAGCACUGUACAGGAAGGCUCUGUGUUUGAAGGAGCUCGGGAAACACAGGGAGGCCUACAACUGCACCACCCACCCUCUACUCGUCAGUCGUCCGGUGAGAUGGGUCAAAGAAAUUACCAUCAAUGUAACACUUUUACAGAAUCAUCCUUUAAAAUCUUUGAGUGAUGGCUUGGUAUUAAAGUGAAAAAAGUCGUAAGAAAUAGAGCCUGUGUCCACUAAGGGGGUUCAGCGCUCAUUUCUGUUGAAAACUCAUGCAGUUGAUUAUCAGUGCUGAGCUUCCUAAGUGAAAUAGAUAAUUGAACUGAGGAAAUAGUUUUAGGGGCUGCAUCUAUUAACAAUGUUUUUGCACAGGAAGCACCUGCAACUUCAGUUUCAGGGUGUUUCCUUUUGUACUGAUGCAAGAUCACAAAGUUGUUUCCAGGUUUUUAACUUCCUAUUAGUGGCUGUUUAGUGAUUUAAAUGGCUUUUUGUGGUGUGCCACUGGCCUGAUGGUUGAAAGUGUGCACCUUAUAUACCCAAGGUUAUGCCUCAACUAGAUGACCUCGAUUUGAUUACAGUCUGUGACUCCUUUCCUCCCCUGCUCUAUACUCCCAUUUCCUGCUCUAUCCACUGUCCAGUAAAGACACAAACUGCCCAAAAGAUUAAAAAAAAGUUUUUUAUUUUUAAAUCCACAUGCUUUAUAUUUGUCUUUAGUCUCAGGAACUGCACAAAAAAAUGCUAAAACAAGGAAAAUGAUUGGUCCUCUGGCCUUAGCAGCCAUGAGCUGCUUGAGUCUGAGGGAGCGAGUGUCUCUGAAUGUUUGAAAUAGCAGAUUCAUGGUGUUGGAGGAAGAUGUGUUAGGUUGGAGAUGCUUUAAGUGAUGAUUUUCAGUUUUAUUCAGAAGAUUUUGAUGUGUAGGUAAACCUACCUGUGAACUUGGAAUAGUGCUGAUGCUGAUCUUGGUCUUCAGGACUCUCUUGUAAAAUAGAUUUUAAUUUCAUUAAGGCUUUCCUGGUAAAAUAUAUAUCUCUUUUUAAUCAUAAGUCCUACCCUGGAUUCAAAGUAGACCUUGUUUGGUUGAAGUUUAUUUUUGUAUUGGUCAAGUAAAGAAUAUUUCAAGUCAGUGCUGUAAAUUCGUUCAUUAAUCAUGGUCAUUUUUUUCUUGUUCGACAGGACACAAAGGUGAACGAGCUCGCUCAGGAGCUUGCUGCCAAACUUGGGCUCAAAGUCAGAAAACCUUAUGUCGGUGCAAAGGUGAGAGGAAUGUGUUUUAUCUGGAUUUUGUUCUUUUUGGAGAAUUUUCUUUGUUUUCAGCUCUGUAAUGGUCUAAUACAGACAAAGAAGGGGCAUUGACGAAAUCCUAAAUGUUUUACUCUAAGUUUGAGCAAAAUUUUUCUUACACAAAGUUUCUCAGUCAGUGUGUUGGAUGUGUUUUAAUCACUGCAUCGUUUUUUUCUGUCCUAGGAAGACUCGCUGAUCACGAGAACUGUUUCAAAUGGAAAAAUAAAAGCUGAAGCCAUCAAGGCAAGUUCAGAUCAAAUUCCCAAAACCAACUCAAGACAUUUCAGCAAACUCAUUCUGAUUUCUUCAUUUUGAUAAAUGCUGCUUGCUUUUUGGUUCAUCAAAUCUUUCCUCCUGUUUAAACUCUUUCAGGUUGUAACUUGUCGGCACUUGGUUGUAUCAUCCUAAUGUUUUACCCUCUGACUUCCAGGUGUCUGGACCUCAUGUAGGGAAUGGUUUGAAUCCUGUGAGCAGUCCUGCACCAGGUGUCCAUUUAUCACUUUGACUUUUAAAAAAAUAUCUAUUUUAUUUUUUACUUAAGACAACAUGUGUUCCCUUCGUCUAUUUUUGUGAUUAGAUUCUUCAAAAAUAUGGACAAAAUUAAUAACAAAUAAUAUUGAUAGACCCUCUCUUACUUCCAUUCAGUCAGGUUUCCCAUCAUGCCUCAGACCACUUUCACACCUACUAUUCCCAGCCACCCUGAACCUGCUCCUCCUGUAGUUCCCGAUGUGGUGGACACUUUUGAGGACUCUGAGCUGAUAGGAGACGACCUGGACUCUCUUCUUGACAGCUUUCCUAAUGAGACGACUGAGGUGAAAUGUGGGGUGUCACUGGUCCUUGCAGAGUUGUAGAAGUUUAUAAAGCUGAACGGUCUGAUAGUGCAUGUGACAAAAUGCAUGUGCAUUGUUCAAGCUCUUAAAGGAGACCAAUAAUACUUACAGUAGAGCCCGACUGAUAUGGAGUGUUUGGGGCUGAUGCCGAUACUGAUUAUUAGGGGGGAAAAAAUCAGAUUACCGAUUAAUCAGACGAUUUUUUAAAUUUUUUAUGAAGUUAUAAAAAAUAUAUAUAUACUAUAGAUAUCCACAGUAUACCAUAUACUGUAGAUAUACUGUAAAAUAUCUGUGAAAAUCGGCGAGUUUUGGCUGAUUACCAAUUAGUCUCAAAGGGGCUAAAAUUGGCCGAUUUAAUCUGCUCGCCGAUAAAUCGGUCGGGCCUAAUUUACAGAGUACCUCUCCAUGAUUUGCAGCUCAAAAAACGUCCUGUUUGUCUCAGGGUGGUGUCUGUGAAAAACCUUAAUGAAGCUCUAUGAUCUGAAAUGUUUUGAUUGGCUGCUUUCCAUUUAUAUGAUGUUUGACACCACUUGUGGGUGUCGCUUUUCACACAGUUUUGUGUUCAUGAAACAACCCAAAAGUUACUUUGCCUCCCCCUCAACCAAUCUUUGCUAUCUUUGUUUUCAGAAUCACACCCAGGCAGCUUUUGCGGUCCCCAGCAAGACGUCCAUCAGCACGCACACAGCCGCCUCUGUGCUUCCUGCACCAACACCACAGCUGCCCCCGGCCUUCUUCCACUCGCCCGUCAGCCAAAUCAGCUCCUUAGACUCCUUCUCAGGCAUUGUUUUUAGUAAUAGUACUUCCACACUGGAUGAUCUAGAUGACCUCUUGGCCUCUGGUGGUGCAGCUGGUCCAGCAAUCCAAAGUGUAGCUCCUCUUUCUGUAGCGCUGGACUCUCUGGACGGCCUCGACUCUCUGGAUGAAGUCUUAGAUACUGCUCAGAGUUCUGCGGCUGAGAAUGCAUCCGUAGGGGAGCUGAGCCUUGAUGAGCUUGAUGGUUUUGAUCCACCUCAGGCCGCCUGUGAUUUCGAUGGUCUGAGCAUCCAUGUCCCCAAAGUUGACCUGGGAGCUGUAGAGCCGCUGGACUCCCUGGAUGAGUUCCCCUCAGCUGACAGUGCUGUACCAGCUCUGCCAGCAGUCUCUAUCGGAGGGUCAGGCCUCGACUCGCUGUCUGAUUUCGGCUCAGCUGGUAAUGAUGAUUUAUUGGUAACUGAUGGAAUUAUUGGCAAACAGUAUGACGAUACUUUACAGUGCAGUGACAGCUUCCAGAUGCUUAAAUUUGAAAAACUGCUUUGACUGUUCUGCCUCAAAGUAUGCAGAAUUUCAGAAACAAAAAUUGACAAUUUGGGAUUUUUCUGUAGAGUUAAGCUUUAAUAGCGCAGGGUUACUUUGAGAUAUAGAUUAACAGUUAUCAUUUUUUCUAUUCUGUAGUCUCAUACUUGUGAAUUUAUCUUAGUCAGGGGCUGUAUGAUAGCAGCAUGUGCGCCCCACACUACAUUCAAAGAAAAUCUUGCACCUUUCUGCAUAUUUCACCAGAGGUGUGGGUGUGCCUGUCAGUUCCUCUGAGUCUUACUCCCUUGAAACAAUGAGAAAAUAACAGGGGUGUGACAAUAUCUCAUGCCACGGGAUCUUAGGAUACUGAAGCAUGUCAAGAUUUCUCAUUGAGGUGAUAAGCUGUCUCGCAAGAUCAGCACAUAGCACAAGAGGCAUUACUCAGGGAACACAAAUAGAGCUGAUAUAGAAUAUAUUACAUGAUAACACAGGGGUGGUCCUGCACAUUAAACUACGACACAGCUGCCUCGGUCUGAUAUCCACACUUCCUCAGGCUCUUUGUACAGUCAGAUGUUUUUUUUUUUAUUGCUGUUUUCUUAGGACAGCACUUUGUGAAUUUGUCUUUUUCAACUGCAGUUACAGCCUUACACCAGUGAGGUGGCAGUGCAUUGUCCAAAUGAGUCCAACCAAAGAGGCAGAAACAUAAAAGGUUCUCGGUUUGAUUUCACUCACUGAUAGACCGCACAGUUGCACUUGGUGACUCCAAAUUUUAACAUCUCAUAUUCACAUCCACUUGGUCCACCUCUCCUUCACAUUUGACCUCACCUGGCAGUGUUGGAGUGCAGCGUAGUUCAAUUAUUAGUUAAUUUUAUCAAUUCCGAGCACCUUUAUGUCUUUGUUACAGCAUGUCAGCAUGUCAUUUAAAAGCUUCAACAUGUACAAGUGCUAUAGAAGCAUAGAAUGUAUUUUUCACUGCCUUUAUUAUUAUUAUUAUUAUUUCUUUUUUAAUUACUGCACUCCUACUGUCUUUCAGUAAGUGUACUGCUAUUGUUUCCCUCUAAAAUAUUUAAUUUAUUUUUUAUUUUCUGUUCUUCAUUUUUUCCUGUUGCUCCUCAGAAACCUGUGGAUCCUACGCUGCUGCAGCUCCUAAAAUGCGACACCCUAAGAAUGACUAUAAAGUGAGACCAACUGGUUCCUAUCACCUGCUUUUUUCCCCCUCAUGUUUGCUAACAUUUACUGAAACAUUUAUCUGGAUGUUUUGAUACAGGAGAAGAAGAACCAAGCUCUGGAUACACAUAACCCCCUGUCUUCUACCCACGAGUUCCUGCAGGCCUGCUCCUCCUGUUUCCCCCGGAAAGGUAAGUUACAAGUCCGGCCCUGUUGACUUGCAGUAGUGGCAACAGAUGCAAAAAUUUAAUUGCAGGGUGCCAUCUGGAGGCUGGCCCUCGACAAUGCAAAGUACAAACAGCAUGCAAGGCAUUUGUUUACCUAUGCAUCGGCAAAAUGGGCGUGUGAUGCAAGGAUGCAAGGACAGCCACACACAAAACAACAAAAAAUAAUCCAAGGACAAUUGUGACAGUUUAUCUUAAUUUUUUCAUCUGAAGCAGCACAACGCAAAUAAGUCAUAGGUAUAAAACUGUCUUAUAGAUAUUAUCACGAAAUGCAGCCUAAAUAUGACAGAAAAUAUUUAUCUGUCUUUUAAAAAAUUAACCCCUCUCUCUCAUUCUCUUCAGGUAGAGGGAUUUAUACAUUUGUUCACAAGCCUGACAUGGUCCAUACCUGUAAGGGGGACAUCCUGUUGUGUCGAAGGAAAGGAGAUUGUCCUGAGGAGUGGACCAGAGUGCGGCCACGUCCCCCUAUUAGCUUCAACGCGCAGUUUGUACUUUGCAAAGGUACGAAUCCUCACAAAUAUUUAUUUUUGUUUUUGAAGAUCUCCUGUCUUUCAACGUGUUUGGUCAGAAUCUGUCAUAUGUGAUAGCACAGUUAAAGAUGAUGAACAUGUGCAGUUCACUUCCUAGAGCUCCUGAUUAAAACAGGAAUUUUGUCCCAUAGUCCAGCCUAAGUCGUGCAUUUCCUCUGUAUUUGCAGAGCUGCUGAAGUCCGGGGAUGCGGGUAUUUGUAAGUACGGAGAGGACUGCACCUUUGCUUUUAACCAGCUUGAGAUUGAUGUUUGGACAGCCGAGAGGAAGGGGGUGCUGUCCCGGAAGCUUCUGUUUGAAUUACCAACCUGUGACCCUGUGAACAGCAUCAUACACCUGCUCCAGGAGAAUAAAGGCAUCUUCCUAUUCCUCUGUCAGGUCAGUUUACAGAAUUCACACAUGCAUUCAUAUAAUUAAUCCUGUAUUUAUGAGCUUUAACAUUCCUCAAAAUUCUCCAAAGCUGCUGUAUUUGUCACCUGGUUAAAAAAAAAGGUGUAUCAUGGGUUUGUGCAGGACUUUGUAAAAAUAGCUCUAUAAUGCCCCAAAUAUCCCCAUAGCGAUGACUCUUACGUACGUACAUGAAUGUAAGACGGCUCUUAAUCUCUACAUUUUAAUUCUUCAGAUAUAAAACAGUGAUAAAGUAUAUAUCAAAAAAAAAAAGUGUGCUCUUGUGCAUCUUCUGGAUGACUUCAAUCUGGUGCCAAAUUAUCAGUCAUCAUAAAUGUUACAUAAAUGGGCAAAAUUCAUACUAACACUUUCUUUGUUGCUUAAUUUCUUGACUGUCUGGCCUGUUUUUGUCUCUGUAGGAAUGCUUUGACAACAAACCCAGAAUCAUCAGCAAACGCAGCAGUAAAAACUCCACCCUCUGCUCGAACAUAGAUGUUCACCACUGCUUUGAUGCCAAUAAGUAUGCUUAAUUUCUUUGAUUUUAUUUUUUUUACAAAAGAGAGAGAUUGAUAAAAGAUGGACUUUGGCAUUUUAGUGUCACUGUAGCAGUAUCUGAAAUUUGUCCCCCUGCUCGUCAGGUGUUUGUCAUUUGUAGUUAGGACCCACAAUGUGAACUACAGAAAGGUCCGUCCGCUGAGCCUCCUGUGCCGUCUGGAUUUAUGCCGACAAGCCAUCUGGAAUGCCUGCAAGAGAGAAGACUGUCACUUCGCUCACUCCGUCAUAGAGCUUCAAACCUGGAAGGUGCAACGGGACACAGGUCUGUUUUUGUGUCUGUUUUUUUUUUUUUUUUCAAGAUAGUGUCAACGUUGAAUUUAGUUUGAACUAUGUAGGGACCGGGUAAGUUCAAGUGUGUGGUACCAUCUUAGAGGUUCUCCCCUGUAUCUUUUUUGCAGAUCAUUCUUCAAACAGUUUACAUUUUAGUGGUUUUUUUUUUUAACUUAUAUUUGAAAAACUCAGCAUUGUUCAGUUUUGAAACGUUAGUUACAUAAUAACUUAAAAUGAUUGUUAAAAAGAUUAAAAGAUCCACUCCCAUGAAAAUCAUGUUUUUCUUGCUCUGCAGAACAGAAGCCCUUGAAAAUGACACGGGUAACGUGAUUUUUGGUAAAAACUUCAAAACAUAAUCACAGUUUAGAGACAACUGAGAACACUUUAAAUAGUAAAAAAGAAAAAAUUGGCGUGGGACUGGGACUUUAAUGAUUUAAAGGCAGCGGAAAAAAGUGAGUCUUCAUGGAUUUAAAGGAGCUGAGACUUGAGGCAGUUUGAGACUCUCAAAAGUAAAUAAUACAAGAGUUGCAGAAAGGGGGAAACCAAAGACUAAACAAAAAUGCACAGAUUUUUCUUUAUUGUGAAAACAGUCCAGAUGUGAAGUUUUGGACAGUGUUUGUGUUAUGAGAUGCUACUUGGUUAGUUUAUGAAUUUUUGCUUUUCACAGGAAUCAGCCCAGAAGAGAUUGUGAAAGUGUCAACAAAGUAUAAUGAAAAGCAGGAGCAAAACCUGAGCAAACUGAAAGGAAAAAGAGUGAGGAAAACUUUCAAUUUAUUUCUUUUUUCUGAUGUUUCUCCUGCAUACCGCUCACUCUAUCAGUGUUUUGUUGAUUGAUAAUGCACCCAAGAGCUCUCCUUCUCUGUCAUAGUUGACUUUGGUCGACCAAGAGGAAAAAAUGGCUUAAAAAUAUUGUUUCUCUCGUCUUAAUAAUUUCAUUUAAAACAGGUGUCUUCUGGAAAUGAUGAGAACAAACCAAGAGGAGGAGGAGCAGGAGCGUUGAAGGGUCCAGGUUUGAAGAUGAAGUUUGUCUGUGUUCAGUGCUUGCAAGGCAGCAACCACAUCAGCGAACCAGCCAAAGACUUAAAGUACUGCUCUAGCAAGGCCAAACACCCGUGAGUGAAGAUAAAUCAUUCACAAAACUCCUACACAGUCUGAAAAACACUCAUUCAGGCUACCAGGAGACAUUUAAAAGAGUGUUGUUUUAACCAAAAGGAGCCACUCUGAAAAAAUCAACAAUGAAUGGUUAAAUGUUGUCUUUGUAUAAACGGGGAAAACAAAUUCAGUUUGGGUUGUGUUUUCAUCCUCUGUCCUCCUCUUUAUGUUUCCUCAUACUCAGAUGGAUUAAAGAGAGAGCUGUUAUGCUGGCCAAGUCCGAAGCGAGAAAUAAAUGGGUCCAGGUCCGACCGCUGCCUCAUGACAAGAACUUCCCUCAAUUCUAUGAAGUAAGUUGUGCUGUCAUUAAAGAAUGUUUCUCCAUUUGUUUUGCCUCCUGUUGAUCUCAGCCUUUUAACAUUUGUUAAAGCACACUGUGUUGUGUGUAUAACAGUUUUUUUUUUUUUACCUGCCAGAUAUGCAUCCAGAUUUUGAAGGCAGGGAAAUGUAACUACCCCGGGAAAUGCACCUUUGCUCACAGCCAAGAGGAGAAGGAGAUGUGGAUGUAUAUGAAGGACAUUAACAGUGAGUGUUAAAAAAACUUACUUUUACAGGAGUAUUCUACUGAAACGGCAUCAUUUACCCUUUUUCCUCAGUCUCACUGGGCAGUCUGAAAUAAGAGUGGUGAAAUUAGAUGCAGCAGAUCCAGAUCCUUAAAAACCUUUACAACUGACUGGAGCCGUUCGAUGCAAUUUCUUUGUUUCUUCACACCUUCCUCUAGAGCAUCAAGGGGCUUUACGUGAUUUCUAUUCACACCUGCAUAAACCUCAGUGUUUGUAAUCUGUUUAUUUCCCCUUUAAACCUCUCGUCGAUUUAGUUUUAUGUAGUUUGGAUAAAAGAUUGACCAAAGUUGAGUAUAAACCUAAGUGACAAAACAAAGCCGCCUCACAAAGAUAAUACUGACAGCUUGUUAUUGAUGUUAAAGGAGAGCUAUUACACUCAUUUUCCACUAUCAUUAUGUCAAUCUGGGAUGCCGUCAGAGUAGCUUUGCAGUUAAAAAAACCUCUUUAUUUAUCUUGUACCUAUCUAUCUAAUGCAACCUCAUUGCUACUUUUCUAAUGAUGUAGCGUUAAUAGACACGGCUUGUCGUUGCUACUUUUUCCACAGCUUUGUAGUUCUGAAAAGACCCUAAAAAUUGAUACUGAUGUCAAAAUUAGACAUAAAUCUCUAUCCACAGUAUUACUGAAAUACCACUGCUCAAAAAAAGCAAAGCAUGAUCGGUUGAUUUUAACUCAAGGUUUUUUAUUCUACUUUAGGGCCCAUGGAGCAGAUGUAUGACAUCUGGUAUUCUUCCCUGAAAGCCCCAAAGCAUCAAGUAGAAGGAGGCAUGCUUACCCAGGCCGGCCUGGAGGAGAAAAACAUUGCCAUGCCAACUGACUACGCUGAGCCAAUGGUGGGUUUACUCCACUUGUAAUUAGCUUCAUAUCUUACACAUUUUGUGUUCAGAUACCAGAAAAAGGUCGUGAAUCCUUUAUUGAUAUUUUAGGAUGGCUUCCACUGCCGUCUGUGUGGUAAACACUGUAACAGCGAGCGUCAGUGGCAGCAGCACAUCUCCACUGAGAAGCACAAAGACCGAGUGUUCAGCUGCGAGGGGGAGGACGAGGCGCUGACGUGGAGUUACCGUUUCCCUGGCAAAGGUUUUGAACUCUGCCCCAAGUAAGAUCUUUAACAAUGUCAGAUUUAAAUAUUCCAGUUUAAUGAUAUUAGUAUUAAGUUUAAUCUAGUUUUUCUGAAUGUUGGUUUAAUUAGAAACUGCUGGGAGAACUGGCAUGCAAGCUAGGCUACGGUUUUCUGUCGAUUUUUCUGAGUCUGCCACAUUUAAUUUAUCUUGAGAGACUGACCCAAGUAUCUGUGCAUCUGUAUGUGUGCAUGUGAAGUGCAUGCUGUCUUUCGGUAUUUGUAGGCAUGUAUGUGUACAACAUGUACUGUAUUUAAACUGUAAAUUUAGUUUUUUCUUUUCAUGUUUUGAUAUUUGUCUGUGCUGUAAUUGUAAAGCACAUUAUGAUGCUUUGUUUCUGGUAUCUGCAUAUAAAUAGAGUUAACUUGUCUCAACUUGUCCGAUAUGUUAUUGUCUCACAGGAUGCAUGGCAGCUGUCCCGACGGUGUGAGCUGUGACUAUGCCCACAGCCCGGAGGAGCUGCAGGAGUGGACUAAGAGACGAGAUUUCCUGCGACAGAAGUUAGCUAAAGCCAGAGAAGACAUGCUCGUCAUGCCCGAUGAGUUUGACUUUGGGAAAUACAACUUUUUACUUCAGGACUGA